AUGUCAAAAAAUUGUUUAAUUAUAGGUGCCGGUGCUGUUGGUAUUGUCACUGCGUAUUCCUUGGCGUAUAAUAAAAGAAGUAAAGUUUCCAUUGUUGUUAGGUCUGAUUACGAUAAAAUAACCAAAGACGGUAUACUUUUAGACUCGUCCGAAUAUGGUGUUAUUGAAGGCUGGAGGCCUAAUAAGGUAUAUCGCGACACGCGGUCAGUUAAAGAGGACGGUGAGUUUUAUGACUAUGUGAUAGUUUCUAUGAAGAGCAUUCCAGAUGUAAAAUUUGAAGAAACUCUGUCCUAUGUUUUACAACCAGUCCUUGAUUCCAACAGGGAAAUUUCUCCCGAUCGUUUGACUAGCGUAAUGUUGAUUCAGAAUGGAAUUGGUAUUGAAAUGUCCGUCGCGGAUCAUUUUGACAAACAAAAAUACAACUACGUGCUUUUAUCCGGGGUCCAGAAGAUCUCCGCUACGAAGGUUGCACCAGGUCAUGUUCUCCAGCAGUCUCUUGAUAACCUAACUGUUGGUCCUUUUGAUCAGUCUGAUGCAGUGGCGAUCAAAAGUGCCCAAGAGUUUAUUGAAAUUUACAGUAAUGAGAAGUUGAAUCUAGUAAUUUUUGAUGAUGACGUAAAAGCAAGCAGAUGGAGGAAGCUCUUGUAUAAUGCUGUCAUUUCUCCUGUGUCAACUCUAGUUGCAUUAGAUGCGAUGCGGCUAUUCAAAUUUGGAGAGUACGAAAAUUCUACUGAGGAGAACAUUAUACGCCCUGCUAUGAGGGAAGUCAUUGCAGUUGCGAAAAGCGAGGGUGUCACAAUAGAAGAAAGCUUAUGCGACAGGUUUAUCGAUAGUGCUAAGACACUGACAUUUAAGCCAUCUAUGUGUGUCGAUGCGGAAAAUGGGCGCUUGAUGGAAUUAGAAGUUCUCUUGGGUAACCCAGUGAGAAUUGCCAAGAAAAACGGCGUUCCAGUGCCAAUGUUAUCUCUCUUCUACCACUUGCUAAUGCUUUUGCAGAAUAAGAUCAAAGAGUCGAAGGGCAUGAUAGCCAUUGACCAAAAUGGCAGAAUUGGAUAG